UGUGUGAGGAGAGCUUUCAGAAAGCUCUGCCCCCUGAGGGAAGAAGAAGAAGAAGAAAACGAACAGGAGGAGGGAGGCGUAUUUAUUUAUUUAGGGUCUUUUUACUCUCACACAACCUUUUGAGGUUCAUCAACUUUUUUUUUUCUCUCUGAUGUGGAUUACUUGAAAACCGACCCGCCAGGAUUAAAAAAACGGAUAUUGUGUUUUUACUGAAAGCUAUGGUGGCUUACGAUGAACUGGGUAGCUUGGUGCCUAUCAAACGGACUCUGCAAGUGAUAGACUACCAGAACCAAGCCAACAAGGAGUCAGAGGAACCCAGCAACAAGCGUGUCCGUCCUCUCGGCAGGGUGACUUCGCUAGCCAACCUCAUCUCUCCGGUGAAGAAUGGGGCCGUCCGGCGCUUCGGCCAAACCAUCCAGGCCUCGUUCCGGGGCGAUGGCAAGUCGCCGGGCAUGCCCCAGAAGCCUUGCAGCAAGGCAGCGGCCCCCACACCGCCUAAAAGGAGGAACAGUACGCUGUGGUCGGAGACACUCGACGUCCACCAGAAGGGAACGUUCUCCACUAAAGAGAUCAAGCGGCAGGAGGCCAUAUUUGAGCUGUCUCGUGGAGAACAGGACCUGAUUGAGGACCUCCAGCUGGCACGCAAGGCGUACCACGACCCAAUGCUGAAGCUCUCCAUUAUGUCUGAGGAGGAGCUCACUCACAUCUUCGGCAACCUGGACGCCUACAUCCCUCUUCAUGAAGACCUGCUGACCCAGCUCUCCAAAGCCACGGGGCCUGACGGGACAGUGGGCCAGAUCGGACAGAUUGUCGUUAGCUGGCUGCCCAGGCUAAAUGCCUACAAGGACUACUGCAGCAACCAGCUGGCAGCCAAGGCGCUGCUGGAUCAGAAGAAGCAGGACAGGCGGGUGCAGGACUUCCUGCAGCGUUGCCUGGAGUCUCCCUUCAGCAGGAAGCUGGACCUGUGGAGCUUCCUGGAUAUUCCACGCUCCCGUCUGGUCAAGUACCCGCUGCUGCUCAAGGAGAUACUGAGACACACUCCGCCAGAGCACCCUGAUGCUGCGAGCUUGGAGGAAGCGAUCACCGUCAUCCAGGGCGUCCUGUCCGACAUCAACAUGAAGAAGGGAGAGUCUGAGUGCCAGUACUACAUCGACAAGCUGGAGUAUCUGGACGACAGGCAGAAGGACCCUCGCAUCGAGCAGUGCAAGAGCCUGCUGUGUCACGGCGAGCUGCGCAACAAGAGCGGCACGAAACUGCAUGUGUUCCUGUUUACUGAGCUGCUGGUUCUGACCCGCCCCGUCACCAGGAACGAGCGCCAGUGUUUCCAGGUUUACCGGCAGCCAAUCCCAGUGCAGGAUCUGGUGCUGGAGGACCUGCAGGACGGCGACGUCCGAAUGGGCGGCUCCUUCAGAGGCGCUUUCAGCAACGCAGACAAAGCCAAGAACAUUUUCCGAGUGCGUUCCCAAGACCCGAGCCAGGCGCAGUCCCACACGCUGCAAGUCAACGACGUCUUCCACAAGCAGCAGUGGCUCAACUGCCUCCGUAGCGCCAUUUCCGUCCACCGGCCCCUCAACGAGCCCUCCACCCCGAGCCCGCCCACGAGCGCCGCCCGCACCAAGCGCCGCCCCUCCUCCGUCUCGGCCAUCAUCCACAUGGAGGAAGCGGACGAGAACUGCCUGCAGCCGACGUCGCAGUCUGCCCCCAGCUCGCCGUGCAACAACGCAACCCCCAGCCCCACCUCCUCCUCAUCCCCGUCAUCCUGCUCCUCAGCUUCGUCGACGACGUCGUCAUCCUCGACGUCCCCCGUCUCCUCAUCCGCGUCGCAAAAAACCAAAAAGGACAAGAAGUCUCUGUGUUCUUUAGGGAAGAGGAAAGAGACGAUGGUGUGAACUGAGCUGACAGGAGACAAUGGACUCCAGGGCGGACAUUUUGUUUUUUUUGUACAUAAAUUCAGAAACAGCGCAGAGAAGCGCAGGACUUGUAUUUAUGUGUGUCUGCGUGCGUGCGUAUUAUUACAACAGUGUUCUGUGUUACUGUCCUCUUUGGCAGCUAUUUACCUCACCCCUCCUUCCAAGUGCAUCCCACAGAGACACAGAACCGGGGAGGGGGACGUGCCCGCCCUCCUACAACUCUAGAAAGGGAAGCAUAACGAGAAGCAAACACACUUUUCACACAUGAAUAUCUGUGUCAUAAGUGGGUUUCUUGAAGGUAGAGGUGGUGCAUCAAAUCCUGUUUACUCUUAAUUUGAUAUUUAAACAUUAUUUUAGACCAUUUUUGGGGGACAUAAUGAAAGUUUUACAUUUUUAUAUCCUAAAAUCGAUUGUAGUAUUUUUUUUUUUUAGAUAUAAAGCAGCACUGUUUUAGCUUUAGGUGAAGUUAUUUGAAAUUUUGAGCGUGUUUAGGAGGCAAGAAAGAAAGAGAAUCCCCAAAUAGAUAAGAUGUACUACACAAAGCUACACACCUUCAUCUGUAAAAGUCUGAUUUUUACAUUAAUGAGAUCUUAUUUUUAUACAUUCCUUAAAUGACAGAUGUUUGGACCCAGGCAUUUUUUUUUUUUUGCAGAUACUGCAGUCAGAGGCAUUAAUUUAAAUCCCUAACAGGUGAGAUUUCAGUUUCUGGCUGUCAGAACAAUAACAAGUCAUCAGACGUUGAAUCAUGUCAAAGAAGAGACGAGGAGUUUUGUUUAAACGCAAAAUUUUUGAACUGAGCCAUGUUGGUUUUUUUUUUUUUUUUUUAAAAAAGCUGACUUUUCAGAAUGAAACAAAAUGAAAUUUCUCAGUGUAGCAUCUUGCAUGGAGCUGUAGUUGUGGGCACUGCUUGCACCUGUCGAGGCAGCAGGAUGUUUGAACUUGUCCUGAGGGACGGGAAAGUUAAACAUGUAAAGGAUUUGUAAAUGAAACUAGAAGAAUGUUGUCUGAAGGCUGAAGAGAUUAAAGACGAGAUGGAUAAAGUGUGUUUUGGAAACUGAAAUAGAUUGUAUGUGCAAGAUGUGUCAAUCCAACAACUUUCCCUUGUGUAAGUUGAUGUGGUAUCUUGCUCGUAGAUGGAUGAUUGGUCGGUAAAACUCAAGUGAGUGUAAUCAAUGGAAAAAGUAUGUAGGGGAAGAGCGAUGAAAAAGAAGGUUUUUGUAUGUGCACAAGAUGUUUUUUGUCAUUGAGAUGGAAAAAAGAAAAGAAAAGGAAAAGGCAAUUUGCUUGCCACAAACUGUAUUUGAUAAAAGAGAACAAUAAAAAUCUGUGUAAGAUUUG